AUGGGAACAAAAGCAUUAGCAUUUGGAGCAAAAGCACUUGGAGCUUAUGACGCAGUAAAUAAAAUGAGUGGAGGAAGGGUUUCGAAGACAUUAGAUGCAAAUAAAGGGAAGAUUGGAGGCUGGGUUGCAAAGAAGUUAAGAUUAAAUAAAAUAGGGCUCAUAAAUAAAGCAUCCAAUUUGGUUGCGACUGAGUCAGAAAAUGCUUUAGGAAAGGACGAUGAGUUUGCAAAACACGCAAAAGACUUUAAUGACCAGAUGAAAGGUGAAACAAUGCAUUUAAA